UUUAUAGUUGUUUACGGAAAAUUCAACUGUAAUUUAGUCAUGAAGAUAUUUUUAACGAAAAAAGGGAACGAAGGGAUGAAGUCAGUCACGUGAUCGCCAUUUUCUUUCCCGCUCGUGUUUGCAGCAAGAACAUGAGUUCAAAAGUAAGUCGUGACACAUUAUACGAAUGUGUUAACUCUGUUUUGGAAAAUGCUCACAAGAAACAGAGGAAGUUUCUUGAAACUGUUGAGCUACAAAUAGCUUUGAAGAACUAUGAUCCUCAGAAAGAUAAAAGAUUUUCAGGAACUGUAAAAUUAAAGAAUAUACCAAGGCCAAAAUUUAAUGUUUGUGUUCUUGGUGAUCAACAGCAUUGUGAUGAAGCUAAAGCUAAUUCAAUCCCAUGCAUGGAUGUAGAAGGUUUAAAGAAGCUAAAUAAAAAUAAAAAACUUGUUAAAAAAUUGGCUAAGAAAUAUGAUGCAUUUUUGGCUUCUGAAUCCCUUAUUAAGCAAAUCCCUAGAUUGCUUGGUCCAGGUCUUAACAAAGCAGGAAAAUUUCCAACUUUGUUGACACACAAUGAAUCAAUGAUGGGAAAAGUAGAUGAAGUUAAAGCAACCAUAAAAUUCCAGAUGAAGAAGGUGUUAUGUUUAGCUGUUGCCGUUGGACAUGUAAAUAUGUCUCAAGACGAAUUGGCACAAAACAUAAACUUGGCUAUCAACUUCUUAGUGUCGUUAUUGAAGAAGAAUUGGCAAAACAUUCGCUCUCUUCAUAUAAAAAGCACCAUGGGUCCACCUCAACGGCUGUAUUAAUUUUUAUGAAAAGAGUGUAUGUAUUUGAAGAAAUAUUAAAGGUUAAUAUGGAACUAUUA